AUGGCUUCAAAGGUCUCAUGCUUAUAUGUUUUGACAGUAGUUUGUUGGGCAAGCGCUCUUUGGUACUUAAGUAUAACUCGCCCUACUUCUUCCUACACUGGCCACAGACAGCUCAGUAGCGUAUCCAUAGCCAGAAAAAAUGUUUCCUUUGGCAACAUAAGAACUCGACCUAUAAAUCCACAUUCCUUUGACUUUCUUAUCAACGAACCCAACAAAUGUGAGAAGAGUGUCCCUUUCUUGGUCAUUCUUAUCAGCACAACUCACAAAGAGUUUGAUGCAAGGCAAGCCAUUCGAGAAACAUGGGGAGAUGAAAACAACUUUAAAGGAAUUAAAAUUGCCACGCUAUUUCUUCUUGGAAAAAAUGCAGAUCCUGUGUUAAAUCAAAUGGUAGAGCAAGAAAGCCAAAUUUUUCAUGACAUUAUUGUGGAAGAUUUUAUCGACUCUUAUCAUAACCUCACUCUGAAAACACUGAUGGGAAUGAGGUGGGUAGCAACGUUCUGUUCAAAAGCUAAGUAUGUUAUGAAGACAGACAGUGAUAUUUUUGUAAAUAUGGAUAAUCUUAUUUAUAAGCUGCUCAAACCUAACACUAAGCCAAGGAGAAGGUACUUCACAGGUUACGUUAUAAAUGGAGGACCAAUAAGAGAUGUUCGCAGUAAGUGGUACAUGCCAAGAGAUUUGUAUCCCGACAGCAAUUAUCCACCUUUCUGUUCAGGCACCGGCUACAUAUUUUCAGCUGACGUAGCGGAACUGAUUUACAAAACUUCCCUUCAUACCAGACUUCUUCAUCUUGAAGAUGUGUACGUUGGACUCUGUCUUCGGAAACUGGGCAUUCACCCCUUUCAAAACAGUGGCUUCAAUCACUGGAAAAUGGCUUACAGCUUGUGCAGGUACCGCAGGGUGAUCACAGUCCACCAGAUAACACCAGAAGAAAUGCACAGAAUUUGGAAUGACAUGUCCAGCAAGAAACAUCUUAGAUGUUAA